AUGAAGCCAAUCAUCGCUAUUCUCUCAGGUACGGCAGGGCACAUCACCGCCUCUUCUUCUUACUCCUACUCCUCUUCCACCUCUGCUGCUAUUGUGCCGGUAAACGAACUCCUGGCGGUCGUUGACCUGCUCUUCUACACACAGCGGGCGGCCGUUGCACAAGUGACGUUCGUCCCGCACAUUCAGCUGCUGCUUGCGCUGCCGUGGAAGCAGUGGGCCUCCUGGAUCGUGGCAGCGUCGGAGGACGCUGAUUCCGCCNUAUCGCUGUGCUGCUCCGCCAUUGCCUCCAGCGGCUGCGUGUCGCCCACUCGCUGGAGUCCGUCGCGCCGGACGUGCUGCAUUUUGUGCGAUGCGCCGUGGAGGACUUCCCACUCACCGACGCUCUAG